UUCACGGCCGUGGGUCGGAGCCGCCGUAACCCCGGUCUGGCACGUUCCUUGCUAUCUGAACGUUGUAAAAUUGGGCCCAUUCUUCCCCCCCCAAACUCAAGUCACUUCUUCACUUUAGCAGAGCUACCAAGACGUUUUUGCUUCAAACACAACUCCAAAUACCCACCAGAUACCUCAGAAGAUGGCGGUGGUAAGCGGGAUGUCGGGGUCGGCAGUAGCCCGGCUGGAGGGCCGAGAAUUCGAGUAUUUGAUGAAGAAAAGGUCGGUGACCAUUGGCCGGAACUCAUCGCAGGGCUCCGUGGACGUCAGCAUGGGACACUCCAGCUUCAUUUCUAGGCGGCACCUUGAGAUUUUCACGGCGAGCGAAGAUGGUACGGGCAUGGGGGAAUUCUACCUCCGAUGCCUUGGAAAAAAUGGGGUGUUUGUGGAUGGGGUGUUCCAGAGAAGAGGGGCUCCACCUCUGCAGCUUCCACGAAUAUGUUGCUUCCGAUUCCCCAGCACAAGCAUAAAAAUCACAUUCACUGCACUUUUAAGUGAGAAAAAGGAGCAGAGGAACGUGCCCGAAUCACCGGUCAAGUCCGUACAACCUCAAAUUUCCCCACUUACCAUCAACAUUCCGGACAAUAUUGCCCACCUUAUGAGCCCACUGCCUUCACCUACGGGCACAUUAAGUGCUGCAAACUCCUGCCCAUCAAGUCCAAGGGGGGCGGGACUGUCCAGCUAUAGGAGCGGCCGGGUUCUCCCCUCCGACCUUAUAGCGGAUAACUCUCAGUCAGAAAAUGACAAGGAGGCAUCGGGUGAAGACAGCCCAAAGGGGGACUCCAAACCACCGUAUUCAUACGCACAACUGAUAGUCCAAGCCAUCACCAUGGCCCCAGAUAAACAACUGACACUGAAUGGAAUAUACACCCACAUCACAAAGAAUUAUCCCUACUACAGAACAGCUGAUAAAGGCUGGCAGAAUUCUAUUCGCCACAACCUAUCCCUGAACCGGUACUUCAUCAAAGUAGCACGCUCUCAGGAGGAACCUGGGAAAGGUUCGUUCUGGAGGAUCGACCCUGCUUCUGAAGGCAAACUCAUAGAACAAGCCUUCAGGAAACGUAGGCCCAGGGGAGUGCCUUGCUUCAGGACCCCUGUAGGACCCCUCUCUUCGAGGAGCGCGCCUGCUUCUCCCAAUCACACAGGGGCACUGUCAGCUCACUCCAGUGGCGUGCAGACCCCAGAUAGCCUUUCCAGAGAGGGGUCCCCAGUGCCCAUGGAAUCUGAGCCAACAACGGCACCAGCCCCUACCCCAACUGCCACCGUCCAGCCCAAACUUGCUGUCAUCCAAGAGGCUCGCUUUGCACAGAACUCCACUGGUUCUUCACUUACGAACCAGCCCGUAUUGAUUGCCGUGCAACGGCAGAUGCCUCAGACGACCAUGAAGCCUGUGACCUACGCCGUGGCGACACCAGCCAUUGUGACGACGACCGUUAGCCCAGCGCCCGUCAUGCAGACAGUGCACGUUGUCCACCAGAUCCCGACCGUCACCAUGACAACUGUCGGCCCACAGCCCGCUGCUAUGCUGAAGCCAGACUCUCAGCAGAAUGGAGGGGGAGAGCACCAAGAUAUUAAAGUGAAAGUGGAGCCACUCCCAUCAAUCACGACCUCGUCCAUAGGCGGAGUCGGUCGCAUCAUCCAGAGCUCUCAGGCUGCUCCGCUGACUACAGUAACCAUAAUGCAACAGGCUCCGCUCGGCCAGCACCAGCUUCCCAUAAAGGCCAUCACACAGAAUGGCACUCACCUGGUCCCCAUCAGUUCUGCUGGCACAGCAGCUGUUGCAAACCCUCUCCACCUUCUGGCCACGCACGCUUCGGCGUCUGCGUCCCUGCCCACCAAGAGGCAGAAUGGUGAGGUUCAGGAGGCACCCGUGUCCAAGAGGGCAAAGAUGCAGGAUGGCAACGAGGGAGAGGCGGUGGCUGCGAAUGGCAAUAACAACAAUGGCUCCGCUGAUGGUGCCGGAGAAGCUGAGGUAUGUGAAGCAGUGGGCAACCAGUAGCCCCCUCCCAACACCACCACCCCCCAUAUGCAUCCUGAGCCCUGCCCUCGCCCACAUUGAGCCUCACGCCGUCCACACUUUGACCUCUUCACCUUUACUGGUUGUCAUCUACGGCAAAGUGCCAAAAAGAGAAAAGAUUACUACAGCAAAAGAGAAUGUUCCAAUCUCAUCCUUCCCCUUCCGCGUGGAAUUAAAAAUCCAAGCAUUGUCGUCUUUUGAGCGGGGAACCCCCUCUUGAAGCACAGGAAAUGAGAAUCCCAAAUUCCAGCUGACUUAUUGGGACUGAAAUGCGCCAACAGCCUCACCCUGUUUGGAUUCUCAGCACUCGGUGCGUGGCGCAAUCCUACAUGCAACCAAGCGAAAAUCACCCACCAAGGGAAGCGCAUGUGCGUGUGGACAUUCCCAUCUUCGGCAGCUAGCCUCCCUGACCCAGUUGUGAGUAGAUCUAUAUGCAGUAUUCCAUUGUGCAAAUGUGUCCUUGGAUCUCUUCAUUUCUCCAAGGACGAGUGAUGAAUUCAGAUAGAAAAACCGUAAGUGGGGUCUUGAUGAACAUUUAAAAUAUCACCUGAUAUUUUGCUUUAUUUUGUUUUGUAUGUGAACUUUGUUCAGUGAAAUGAAUGUAGUCUUUUUUUUCCUUUUUUUUCCUAAAGAAGACACUAUCUAAUAGAAUGGAUUCUCUAUUGCUCAUUCAUGCAAAUGAUAUUUUGUUUUUCCACCACUGUACAUGGACAGAUCUUUUUCACAUUUUACAAAUGUCCAAUAAGAUGAUUAAAAAAAAAAAGUAUA